UUUUGUAAAAUAGAAGCCGGUGUAGAAUGACUUAGAAGAUGUUAUAUUAAAAGGAUAAAUUACCCUCAAACAGGGCUUUAUUUUACUCCUCAGACACCAUGUUACCCUUCUCCAGUAAAGACAGCUACAGAGACGACGAAUUCAAGCCAUCGAUCCGUAUAAAAUCCCGCAUUAUAGAAUGGAUAAAAGCUAUACUUUCAAGUCAAAGCUCCAGGAAUCUAUUCUUCUUCUUGCUACUCAACCUAUCGUUUGCUUUUGUUGAACUAGCGUACGGAAUAUGGACAAACAGUCUUGGCCUCAUAUCUGAUUCCUUCCACAUGUUUUUUGAUUGUACUGCUCUUUUAGCUGGUCUUAUAGCAUCUGUUAUAUCCCGAUGGGGUAAAAAUGAACGAUUUUCAUAUGGAUAUGGUAGGGCAGAGGUUAUGGCAGGAUUUGUCAAUGGACUUUUUCUAAUAUUUGUAGCAUUCUUUAUAUUCUCUGAAGCUGUGGAGCGAGCUCUACAUCCUCCAGAGGUGAAGCAUGAGCGUCUCUUUAUAAUUUCUGUCUUAGGACUUUUCGUCAACCUGAUUGGAAUCUUUGUAUUUCAGCAUGGACAAGGAGAUCAUGGUCACUCUCAUGGCGGACAUGGACAUAGCCAUGGCGGACAUGGACAUAGUCAUGGCGGGCAUGGACAUAGUCAUGGCCAUUCUGAAGACAGUCACGCACAUAAUGGUCAUGGACACAGCCAUGGAGAAGCUCCAAAUAACCCUGUCUCCUCUGCUAAGAUCAUGGAAGGAGUAUUUCUUCAUGUUCUUGCCGAUACUCUCGGCAGCGUAGGAGUCAUUAUCUCUGCUAUCUUAAUCCACCAGUUUGGUUGGAUGUUGGCAGACCCUAUAUGUUCUAUGUUCAUAUCUGUUUUAAUAGUAUUCAGUGUUAUUCCUUUAAUUAGAGAUUCAACAGGGAUUUUAAUGCAGAGGACUCCAAAAGCAUUAGAAAGUGUUUUACAUAUUGCUUAUCAAAGGGUCAAUCAGAUAGAGAAUGUUUACAGUAUUCAAGAUCCACAUUUCUGGACACUAGACAGUGAAAAUUUCAUUGGGACAUUACGUGUGCUCAUAGCACCGAAUUCUGACAUUCACAAGAUCCUUAGUUCCACUCAUCAUAUCUUCAACGAGAUUGGUGUUAAACAUCUUUACGUGCAAAUCGAGCAUUCCUACUAAAGCCAACCGCAUCAAUUUCUCCUCUUGAACUCGAAUACCUUGUCUUUAAAACAAACAUCAUGUUUGGGGACAUAAAGCAAGUAAAGACCCCAGGAAGCAAAGACCCAAACCAUAACAGCCAUCAUCCAAGUACAGAUACUGACGUGCAAAUAUGUCGUUUUGAUGGUGCUAGUUCUGGCAUAUAAUCGUGAAGAGUGUUAGAAGAUACGCAGGAAGAAAGUUCUUUUGGCCAAGCUAAAAUCCUACUCCAAAACCACCACAGUAAAACUCACUGAAAACUCAUUUACAACCAUAAUGCAUUUCUGCUCCCAACCUGAUUUUAAAUUUUAUGGAAAAAUUGCGAAAUCAUCGCUGUCUGCUUCGAGUUAAAAGGCAAAGUGUUUUCAUUUAAAAACUACUUUUUUGGGAAACUCUUUCACAGCUAUAGAUUCUACUACCUAAAGUACUAGAAAGUUUCUGAUUUAGUUUUUAAAAGACUUCUUUUAGGCUCUUAACGAAAUCAUCGUAUUCUGCUUCGAGCUAAAGGGAUGGGAAUGCGACAGAAGUGGAAGGGGAUGUUUAAUUCAGUUUAGUUAUUUUCUACUAAAAUAAUUUUAUAACGAUAUUAAAUGUGAUUUCUUUAUAUUAAUAUAAAUAUUAAGGUUAGAGGACAUGUUACUAUGGAGACGAAGGGUAGGGAAGGGAGGAUGGAUAAUGGAUAACUAAAAAAAUGUAUGAGUAGGAGUAAAGAGGUCUCCCUCGCUGUACGAGUCUCUUUACUAUAAGGACACUGCAGCCAAGACCACGUGUUUAAGGUUAACCAAUCAUAAUGUAGAUUGAAAAGAAAGCCAAAUUGAGCCAAUCGAGAGAAGUGAGAAAGGCAAGAUUAGAUAUUACAUUAAUAAGGAAUGUAAAGCAAGUUUGUAGCAACUCAUAUGACGGUGGAAAGCCAUUUCAGUGUUUGCAUCAACGUCGUACAGAAUGUAUGAGAUAGUCAUCUUAGAUGGCACCAAAGUCAAACACCGUGAUUGGCUGAAGCCAAAAUGCUACUGAUUAUACUCACUUCUGAUUGGCUCCAGUUUUCACUCUCCAUCGUGAUUGGAAGAGUGUUCCAGGUAUAAUAGAACAGGAUUCGGACAGACAGAUAACUUUACGGGAUUAUGUAUAAUAUGCAACGAUCAAAAUAUAAAAACUAUGAGCUAUUUAGAAAAGAGAGUGUAUAUUAAGAUAUAAAAUAAAUGUUAAAGCCUGUUA